UCAAGAAUCCCCGCCGCGAAGUUCCCCCCCCUUCUUCUCCUCUCUCUCUUCAAUUUCUGAAUUGCUAUAACCAAAAAAGUAGCGGCUUUCGCCUCAUUCUCACAACUCAACCUCUUGCAUACGUUACAAGCGAGUGAAUUGCGUUUUCCACCAAACAAAUUCGUCAUCACUCGUCGCUCUCUGUGCCCGCUUUCACCAAAUUGAUUGCGUCGCUCCUUAACCCCUCCCUUCAUUCACCCACUCAAUUCUCGUCGUUUUCCACCAAACUCCCGCUGCUCUCUUCAUAUUUACAUCUUAAUUACUCGGUGCUGCAUUAGGAGCUCAACAUCAUUUGAGUAAUCGAAGCAGAAACCGAGUAAUUGAAGCUGAAAACCAAUACCGCGCUAGAAUGUCGUUCCAAAUCGAUCUGAACGAGAUGCCAAUUUCGUCACCCCGGGAGGCACCCGACGACGCCGCUCCGCCAGCUUCCGUCUGUGUGCUGUGCCGGAAAGGGGUUCCGGUUGGGAAUGUUCCCGACAAAGUCACGGGAGAGCUGCGCCUGGAGAAAAAGUGCUUCCAGUGCUUGCUCAGGAACGACAGCGGCGCUGCUGGAGGCGAGGCGAGGCGGUUUGACAUCAAUGCACCGCCUCCACGCGAGGCAGAUGACAGAGAAAUCGUCAGGGCUGCGGCCGGCCGGCAAGGGAUCGGUCGGGGGAGAGUACAGGCUUAUGUCCACCCUUCUUUCUAUAGCCAUCAUGUGAAUACAAGAAAAAUAAAUCCUAUGCUGGAUGGUAUGGUGCAUGGUCUCCCAAAUACAUCUACCGUUGCAGUAGAUUCUGCGCAUUCUAGAUUUCGCGAUGCAUUGCUGCAAAAGGUGCAUUCUGAUGGAAGGUUAGGUACAAUUCACGAAGAAUCUACAUUCGCUGCAUGGCUCCGGGCUAGUCAUAUUCCACUGGAGUUUCCUCCUGCAAGUCCAAAUGUGUUGUAUCUACAAACCCUUAGAGAAUACAUUGCUGCAAGAUCGGGUACUUUGGGAGAAGGUUGGCGUGUUGAAUUUGAAUUUUGUGACAAAAUAUAUAAAACCUCUGCUGUUUAUAUUGCACCUGAUGGAAGUAGGUUCAAAUCUAUGGAAGAAGUUGCUUUCCACUUUGGGCUGUCUUCACGCUACCAUUAUUUGGAGAAUGGUAAUGUAAGUGCAGAACCUGCCUCCGUUCGGAGUGAGGUGAAGAUUGACUCAAUGAAGAAGGAAUCCCCUGCGAUUAUGACCGCUCAAAACUGCAGGCAAAGGCAGAAGAUGUCAAUGGCCAGCAAGAACCAGGUUUUUUUGUCCAGCUUAGGGGUCAAAAGUUGUCCUGGAACUACUUAUAACAAGAUUGUAGGAGAAUUGGGCUCCUCAGAACAUGGUGGUCUUCAUGAUAGUAUCCAUGAGGACUUCCCAGUUCAGUACCAUGACUUCUAUCUUAUUUCAGCUGGCAAUAUUGAUCCACGACCGUCAUACCACAAUGGAAACCAAAUCUGGCCUGUGGGAUACAGAUGUAGCUGGCAUGAUAGGAUUACUGGGUCUCUUUUUAUGUGUGAGGUUUCAGAUGGUGGUGAUAGUGGCCCAAUUUUCAAAGUUAAAAGAUACCCAUGCACCAUGCAGUCAAUACCAGUUGGCUCAACUAUCCUUGUUAAGAAGAAAUCAACUUUCAGCAAAGGUGAUGACAUUGAGGGUUUAGAUGAUUUAGCCGCAUUCAAGAUGGUUGAUGAUGAUAGUAUAUCAACAAUCACACUGCUAAAUGAAGAAACCGCCCCAAGUCUAGAAAAAUGUCUCUCUACUUCAAAGAGAGAAGAAGCCCGUAAUCCCCGCAAAGAUAAUUCUUCAAAUUCAAAUUUAGAAGUUACACCUCAGAGAACUGUCAAUCAGGUAAACAAAGCUGUAGGACUAAAUGAUAUGAUUGGGGAAUUUCAAGUUGAGGGCAGGUCAAUAUCAUCUGUGUGGGAAAACGUUUCUCAAGCUUUCUUGUAUGCUUGCCGUGAGAUGUACAAGCAAAAUGGUGCAAUCAAGUUCUUCUGCAGUCAUGAUGUGUUCAAAAGGAAUAACGAAAUCCUUGAUGGUGCUGAUUCUUUAUCAAGGUAUUGUUAUUUUGAAGGACCUGCUAGUAUCCCUCCAUUGGUUCAGAGUGAGAAUGAGCUUAACAAGGCCUGUGAAAUGCUUUCAUCAUGGUUGAAGCAAGACAGGUUUGGUCUGAAUGAAGAUUUUGUUCAAGAGAUUCUAGAACAGCUUCCUCAAGUCACUGCUUGUUCAGAAUAUGAAAAACUGAAAGAAAGAAAGCAGAUUUCUGACCUACAAACAGUUGAAAGUGGGUUUCUGCAGGUUGAGCAGAAAGCCAACAAUGCCUCUGAAACUUCUAAGAGAUUUCUGCUAAAACUGGGUGGGACUGAAGAUACUAUAAAAAGGGACCCCUGCCCUCUAGGCAAGCAACUUAACAGAAGGCUACCAUCAUAUCUGAUGGGAGAUGCUCUGCAGGUCUGGGAGCUAGGUUGGCGUUUCUUAGAGGUGCUACAGCUUGGGCAGCCUUUCACUUUUCAGGAACUUGAGUCUGAGCUUGUAAAUCCUUGGUUAGAUAGCUACCCUUUGGAUUCAAGGCAUGAAACGUUCGAGUCUGGAGUCGGUGGCUCCUCCAGUUGUGACAAGGCUUCUCAAAGUGGAUCAGCCUCCGUUGGCAGAUGUACUGGUCUUCUUUUGGCUAAGAUUCUUGGCUCGCUGCUGAAAUUGCUCGUAACUGAGCUGUUGUCAAAAGCAGCAGUAUAUGUGCGCCUUAAUCUUGAUGCUGGCGAAUCUAAAUCCAAGAGAGGCAAGAAAAAGGAUUUGGACUGGCUAGCUGAGUUAAGGAAAACCAAACUUGAUAUGCUUCCUUUUAAUGAACUUACAUGGCAUGAAAUUGCUCGUCGAUACAUUUUAGCUGUGCUGUCCAUGGAUGGUAAUCUUGAUUCUGCAGAGAUUGCUAGCCGUGAAAGUGGGAGAGUUUUCCAUUGCUUACAAGGUGAUGGUGGGGUUCUUUGUGGAUCUCUAACUGGCAUAGCCGCAAUGGAGGGAGAUGCAAUGGUUCUUGCAGAUGCUAUGAAGGAAAUAUUUGGUUCAUUAAAGACUAAAAAUGACAUAAUAAGUUUAUGUUUGUCAGAGUCUGAUGCCAAUGGUGCUCAAACAAUUGAGGUGAAUGAUGGUGUUAUCCCUGAGUGGGCUCACGCGCUUGAACCUGUGAGAAAAUUACCCACAAAUGUCGGAGCCAGAAUCCGAAAUUGUAUCCACGAUGCUUUGAACAAAAAUCCCCCAGAAUGGGCUAAACAGGAACUGGAACAUGCCAUAAGCAAGGAAGUAUACAAAGGAAAUGCAUCAGGACCAACCAAGAGAGCUGUUAUUUCAGUCCUCGCAAGAGUUACUAGUGAGAAUCCACAGCAGAAGCCUGCUAAAAAAGAAAAUGUUAAGAUUAAGACCAACAUGUCUGAUAUCAUUACUAAACAAUGUCGUAUGGUGCUUCGGUGUGCUGCCGCUUCAGAUGAAGACAAAGUCUUCUGCAACCUGUUAGGAAGAAUUAUUUUGAACCCAAAUGAUAAUGAUGAUGAAGGGCUUCUUGGCUAUCCUGCAAUGGUGUCUCGUCCUUUAGACUUUAGAACUAUUGAUCUCAGGUUGGCUGCUGGUGCUUAUGGUGGAUCUCAUGAAGCGUUUGCUGAAGAUGUUCGGGAGGUUUGGCGCAACAUACAAACUGCAUAUGGUGAUCGAUCUGAACUGAUUGAUGUGGCUCAGAGCUUGUGGAAUAAGUUUGAAGAUUUGUAUGAGAAAGAGGUUCUGACCCUUCUCCAUAAAAUGGCUAAAAUUUCCAAUGUUAAAGAUUCAAGUGCUGAUGCUCUGAAGGAAAGAGAUGACCUUCUUGUUCAGGUGUGUAAUAAUGCGCUCCCUAGAGCUCCUUGGGAUGAGGGACUGUGUAAAGUAUGCGGCAGGGACAAGGAUGAUGACAAUGUCCUUUUGUGUGAUAAAUGUGAUUCUGAGUAUCAUAGAUAUUGCUUGGAUCCUCCACUUUUAAGAAUUCCAGAAGGAAACUGGUAUUGCCCCUCCUGCGUUAGUGGCCAAUCUCUUUCUUGCAUUAGAACCUAUGGGUCAAUAUCAAAUCAGCACAGUAAAAAAAGAAAUCUUGGAGAAUUCUCGUGCAAAUUUCUGGGAGAACUGUCCAGAUUAGCAAAAGUGAUGGAGGUGAAAGAACAUUGGGAAUUCACGGUCGAGGAGAGAAUAUUCUUCCUGAAGUUCUUGUUUGAUGGGGCACUGAACUCUGCUACUGUCCGGGAUCAUAUGGAUCACUGUGCCUCUCAAUCUGCUGAUUUGCAGAAUAAACUGCGUUCUCUCACUUCUGAACUGAAAAUUCUCAAUGCUAAGGAAGAUAUGCUUGGUUUAAGCGUUGAGAAAACAAAUUCUAGUUUAUUCAACAUACGUGGAGAUCUCAAAUCAGAUGCAUCGUCUUCCCAGCACGCUAACGAAAAUAUCUCAAGAGGAAAUCCACCUGAAAAGCUUGCAGUGGAGCAAAGUCAACAUGAGAAGAUCUUUGUCGAAGCCCAACCAUCAGAAGGACCUAACUUGCAAAAUGAGAUACCCAUUUUCACUCAGCAGCAGCAAAGCGACCAAGGGCAUACCGUUGUUCUGAAUGAUGCACAGGGUUCCCUCUCUACCACUCAGGUGCUACCUGGUAAUAAUUUCUCCAGCUCCACCUCUGAUCGUGAGACAGAACUUGUGACACCUGCAACUGUGAGUUCAAUUCACGAAUCUGGGGGCAAUCAAUGCCCCAACCAAGUUGAUAUGGUUUCUCCACAAGGCAACAGCCCCAAGGUUUGCGCUGUUAAGGAUGAAGUUUCUCAUUUGCUGGAGUCAAUUGCUAACAUAGAGCUGAAACUUGUCGAGUUAUCUCUUCGGCGGGAUUUCCUGGGGAGAGAUUGUAGUGGCAGAGUAUACUGGGCCUUUUACUAUCCUAGUGCUCGGCCAUGGAUAAUAGCUUGUGGCGAUACAGCAUCCAAAGAGAGGCCUCCCAGAGAUUUUGCCAGUAUUCCUGAUUCUGACAAGUGGAUGUAUUAUGAAUCUGAUACUGAAAUUGAGAAACUGGUAGGAUGGCUGAGAGAGAAUAAUGUCAGGGAGAAAGAAUUGAAGGAGUCCAUUUCACAGUUUCAAGCCAGCAAACUGAAAGAUACUGUGUAUACAGAAGAUCAUAUCCUUAAAAAAAGAGAAAUAAGCUAUGAUGGAAGAAAAACUUUAUCAGCCGAUUUUUUGGCUACAAAGGCUAAAAAUGCUUUGGAGGAAAAAUAUGGUUCCUGCAAAAGGUUUGAGGCAACAGCUAUUCCUCAGAAUCUUGUUACGGGAGCAAGUCAGAGUGGCAGAAUGUAUAGAUGUCAAUGCCUAGAGAUGUUGUGGCCUUCUAAAGACCAUUGCAGUUCUUGUCAUCAGAGUUUUUCUACCUCUGAGGAACUAAGCCAACAUACUAAAGAAAACUGUAAAGCUUCUAUAUCUGGCUCUAAGCGAAGCCAAACAGCUGAAGAUACCACCAAACGCAAGAAGGCAAGAAAUGUGGCUUCUGAGGAAAAACGCCUCACUAGUAUUGGCGUACCUCAAAAAAGAUCAACAGAUGAGAAACAAAUUGGUGGACGUACUUCUCUGGAAGGCUACCGUGCUGAUCGCCCCUUUAAUUUUGAGGAGAUUAUGACAAGGUUCAUUGUUCCCAGCUCAGUUAAGGAUGGGGUGAAUGACAUAGGACUUAUUGGCAGUGGUGGUGUCCCGUCCCUGUUGGCAGGCCAGUCUCCCUAUCUAAGUGAUUCCACACUAGCAUUGAGCCUUGCAGUAACAAAUGAGGCCAGUUCAAGGCCUACUGAUUUGAGAAGCAGACAACAGAAUACUCCACCCAGUGCGGCGAUGCACAGCAGGGGCUUUAAAGAUUCACAUAGGUCAUCAAGAUCUGUAGAAAAUGGCCUAUCUGAUGAACUAUCUAUUGCUGGCAGAUUGAAAACCAUACUGAUGAGUGAGAAGGAUCAAGUUACUUCAGUGAAGGACAAAAGUUCAUCAGUAUCUGGGUUGUCAAAAAGCACUAUAAUUCGCGAAUCUUCAUCAAGACCAUUAAUAGGCAGAGCUUCUGAAAUUUUGAGAUUUCUUAAGAUUAGUCUACUUGAUAUGGAUGCUGUUCUACCAGAAGAUGCUCUUAGAAAAUCAAGGUCAGGUCAAGAUCGAAGAUGUGCAUGGCGUGCAUUUGUUAAAUCUGCAAAAUCAAUCUAUGAGAUGGUACAGGCUACAAUCGUAUUUGAGGACACAAUUAAAAGUGAGUACUUACAAAAUGAUUGGUGGUAUUGGUCAUCACCUUCAACUGCUGCUAGAAUCACUACUCUCUCAGCUCUUGCUUUGCGCAUCUACUCUCUAGAUGCAGCCAUCUCUUACGGGGAGCCCCUGCCCGGCACUGGAAUGGAGGUCUCAGAGCCAAGUUGUGCAAUAGAUAAGGAAGUUCAUGAAAGUCCAACUCCAAAGAAUCCUGCAAAUCCUAGCAGCCCAACGCUGCAGAAUACACCUGAGCCAGAGCCAGAUUCUCCUGAGAAUCCAAGAACUAGGAGUAGAUCUAGCAAGUGGAGGAGGGAUCUGAGCUGAGACAGGAAGAAACAAGUUGGUAUUUAUCUGAUGUCGCAAUAAACUCGAACUGCUUAUUUACAAUUUUUUUGGGCAGUGCCCCGGACAAGUUUUUUCAUUAAAACCGUGGGGGGGGGGGGGGGGGUCCUCAGACACCUUUCGGUGGAAGAAGAUGGAGGCAGAUAUGCUUUGCUCCCCUUGUUUGUCAUUUUUUCAUUAGUGUGUGUACAUCGAUGGAGUUACAGAGCUGAUUAAAACUACAGUUUUAUUCGAGGCACAGGAAACGGGUUUAUAUGUAUAUAGCCUAUCUUGUAAACUCAAGUAUUUGUCUUUGUAAUUUUCAGCCUCGUUUUUUGUUUAUGUAUGUGAAACAGUGAAAGGUCAAAGAAAUGUUGUAUAAUGUAGUACUACAUAACGAUGAUUGUUUCAAAGAAAUGUCAAUUAUAUUUCCUCCUGA